CCUCGCCUUGAAGCAGGGAGCGACGAUGUACUAUGACCUCAACAUAGCAUGGCCGCAAGCGCAUGCAAGACCGGGCGAUGUCAAGAACAAAGGAUCAGCGGGCAAUAAAGUGGGGGGAGGAGGUGGCGGUGGUCUUGGCAUAGCGUCGACAUCGGCGACGACGUUGGCAGACCCUCUGGAGCCGCUGUCGGAGACGCAGAGGGACUCGAUGCGAGCAAUGACGUUGGAUCUUGCCGAUUUGGGCUACUCUACAAUCGCCUUCAACACCGUGGUCCCAACGCGGUUCGAUGGUACAAAACACGCCAAUCCGUUUCAGCCUCAUCCAUCAGGGCUGCCGCGACCUCCAUUCCCCGACUUGGAUCCACGAUGUAACCAGGCAUCGGAUCUCAAGGGAAAGAAGGCUGUAAAGAGCUCAUCAUCACAUCCCAAGGUGGUGCAGCUGAGCCGCAUGACGCUCGUCAUGAACGAUGAGUCGAUGGGGAAGCACGGCCACGGUCUGAACUCGGCACACACGAAUGCGCUCUUGUCUUACGAUCUUCUCAGUGUUCGUCCGACGUCGGAGGCUACCUUCUCCACAGCGUGCCUCUCGCUCAGCGAGCUCAAACCACAGUCCAUCGACAUCAUCUCCAUCGACCUCGCCGCCUCAGCCCGCCUUCCGUUUUUUCUCAAGAGAUCCACCGUCGGCGCUGCCCUGAGCAAUGGUGCCGUCUUCGAGGUGUGCUAUUCGCCUGCCGUCUCAGCUUCCUCAGCCGACCAGCAUGCACAGCAGGAUCUGCUCAAGGCCCGCCGAAACGUCAUUUCAGCCACCCGAGACAUCCUCCGCGUCACCAACGGCAGGGGCGUCAUCUUCAGCAGCGGUGCCGCCGACAUCAUGGGGUUGAGAGGCCCUUACGACGUUAUCAAUCUCGCCGCCAUCUUUGGCCUCAAUGCCGCGGCCGCCAAAGACGCCAUUUCGUCGACGUGCCGCGCGCUGCUUUUUCGUGCAGAGACCCGACGCACCUUUCGAGGCGUCGUUGCCCGGCCCACCGUGGCAAUGGCUAAAGAAGAAAAUACACCGGCCGCCGAACCACAGGCACAAGUGACAGUUCAAGAAAGGCAGCCUCCUGAUCCGGAUGCAGAUAUGACCAAUGGUAGCAACACGAGCGGCAAAGAGAUGAGCAAGAGCCAAAAGAAGAAGAAGAAGAGGCUCUCCCAUCCACCGUCAUAG